CACCAAACCGGUCUCUGCAAAGAGGUCCACCGUUAUUACCUAGAACCAGAAGAAGUGCAAAAUGCACAAGACCCAGAAGCCUAGCAUUUACUGAUUUGCCUUUAAAUUUCUACUUCUCAGUCUGCAUUAAACAUUCCCAUCUACUCCUUACUUAUUUCAACAAUCUCUCUCUCUUUCUCGCCUCUCUUCCACUACAACUUCUUCUCUCUGCCAAAUUCUAGCUCUCUGUUCGGUUGCUGGGAAACCCUAUGAAAAUGAAUAGAGGAUUGGGUUUUCUGAAUAUCGAUUGUUUCUAUGUUAUCAUUUACUAAAUUCAGAAAAUCCCAAAUUUUGUUUCCUUGUUUUAGUGUCUCUGCUUUUCUGUGCAUCCAGACGGAGGAUUAGGGUUUCUUGGAGACGAAUUCUGAUGAUCAGCUUCUUGCUAUACGGUUUUGGAGGGUUAAAGAGAGAGUUUUGAUGGAAGUGAAGCUGCUCCCUCUGCAAUUUGUCCUCUUAGUUACUUCUUUGGUUCUCCUACUUGUGGCUUCUGACACAAUUUCUAAUGGAUCGACUGCAAAAUCUAAUAAUACUUCCAAGAAUGAAGGUAAUAAAGCAGCAUGCCCUUCUGGUUGGGUUAUUGGUCCAAAUAAGACUAAGUGCUUUGGGUACAAUGACAGCUUCCAGUCAUGGGAUGAAUCAGAGAGCCAUUGUAAACAAUAUCAUGGACACUUAGCAGCCCUUACAUCAUUUGAAGAACUAAGAUUUGCUCAAGUACUGUGUGGUCAAAUUGUCAAUGGUUGCUGGGUUGGAGGAAGAGUUAGCAAUUUUAAUGUCAGUUUUGGUUGGAAGUGGUCGGAUAAUACUUCGCUCUGGAAUGAAUCAAUUCUUGGAUUACCCACUAUCAAUGCUUCAGUUGAUUUGUGUACAUUGGUGAAGAAUGAAUCAGCAACUCUAGGGAGCGAGAGAUGCAAUGCAUCUCAUGCUUUUCUGUGCAUGGUUGAUAUUGAGGACAAAUGUUACUACAUGCAUUGCCAUAAGGAGUAUCUCAUUAUUCUAGCAGUUGUUAGUGGGUUGGUUCUGUGCACAACAUUUGCUGUUGUUGUUUGGCUCCUGGCAUAUAAGCGGAGUAAGAGGCGUAGAAGAUCUAGGAAACUAUCUAAUCCUGCUGCUUCUGCAUUGGUUCCCCCCUCAUGGAAAAUCUUUACAUGUGACGAAUUGAGGUCAAUUACAAAAAAUUUCAGUGAAGGAAAUCGUCUUCUUGGGGAUGCAAAAACAGGUGGCACAUACAGUGGACUUCUACCUGAUGGAUCAAAGGUGGCAGUUAAGAGGUUGAAGAGAUCUAAUUUUCAGAGGAAAAAGGAGUUCUAUUCUGAGAUUGGAAGGGUUGCUAAGCUUCAUCAUCCGAAUUUAGUGGCUGUGAAAGGAUGCUGUUAUGAUCAUGGUGACCGCUACAUUGUAUACGAGUUUAUAGCAAAUGGACCCUUGGAUAGAUGGCUAUACCACAUACCGAGGGGUGGUAGGAGCUUGGAUUGGGCCAUGAGGAUCAAAAUUGCUACAACUCUUGCCCAAGGAAUUGCGUUCCUGCAUGACAAGGUUAAGCCACAUGUUGUGCACCGGGAUAUACGUGCAAGCAACGUACUACUUGAUGAAGAGUUUGGAGCCCAUCUGAUGGGGGUUGGUCUUUCAAAGAUUGUUCCAUGGGAGGUAAUGCAUGAGAGGACUGUGAUGGCUGGUGGAACCUAUGGAUAUCUUGCACCCGAGUUUGUAUAUAGGAAUGAGCUCACAACAAAGAGUGAUGUCUAUAGCUUUGGAGUGCUGCUGCUGGAGAUAGUAAGUGGGCGUAGGCCUGCUCAGCAAGUUGAUUCAGUGGGUUGGCAGAGUAUAUUUGAAUGGGCAACGCCUCUGGUGCAGGCACAUCGCUACCCGGAGCUCUUGGAUCCUCUCAUAUCUUCAUCAACAUCUGAUGUUCCAGAAGCUGGUGAUAUUCAGAAGGUGGUUGACCUUGUGUAUGCUUGCACGCAAAAUGUCCCUUCUAUGCGGCCUAGAAUGUCUCAUGUUGUUCAUCAAUUGCAACAGUUUGCCCAGCCACCUGUCACAAAGUAAUUUAAAGUUUAUCUCGAGCUCUGGGGCUUUUUAACGCUAAGUGCGGAAUGUGAUUUGAGCAAUUUCUCUGACCAAUUAAGUUGCCAGAGCUUUAAUUUUGCAGAACAAUAGUUUAGACCUAUCAUAGUGCUAGUAAAAUCAAAGGAAACUUGAUUCCAAGGGAGUCAUAGAGGAUCUGUACUUUAUGCACUUGAAAAUGGUGAAAGAAGAAUAGUUCAUCGAGUUGGAUGA